AUGAGCACUGAAACUCACUAUAAAAGGCAACUUUUUGUAAUUUUGAAACUUUUUAUCAUCAUGUCAUUCAUGACAAAAUGCCCAAAAUGUCCAAAUUACGAAUCUAAGAAGACUACCAAUGUGUAUCGACACCUUCGGGAAGUGCAUAAUGCGAGUGAGGCUGAAGUUGAUCAAUUCCGAAUUCAGAGAAAAGAAGGUAAAUCCUUGACGACAAAAGGCAGUGGAGCGUGGAAGUGUCCCGUAUGCGAACUAGUUAUUCCAACAGAGAAAGGCUUGAAGAACCAUAUGAACCAGAAGCACAGGAAGAAGCCCAUCGAUCCUUCGACAAUCACUCUUGCUACAACGUCGCCCACAAUGGUCUCGCCUCCUCCCAAGAGAAUCCAGCUACCCAAAUCGACGGAAAAAUCGCUUGUUUCUUCAGUAGCUACAGUUCGAGCCCAACCAACUCAGAAACCAGGAGGAAGGUACAAAUGCCCUGUGGAAAACUGUACUUUCUUCAAGACAAGGAAGGAAUUAGCGCUUCAUUUCUCAGAAAAACAUGAUCCUGGAUCUGAGCUGGAAACUAUGAGCUUCGAAACGGAAACUGAGUUCAAAAUUUGGCUCACCUGUCGACAAGAAGAGACGUGUAGUAGCAUGCAGAUCUCUCUCAGCUCUCACGAUGGAAACCGCAUCACCCAUUUUCGCCUCUGCAGACACGAAGGAUCUUAUCAAUCUCGAGCAAAAGUCAAAAAUGUUGGCGAAUCGAAGAAGAAGACGGGAGAUAAUGUGUGCCCAGCAUUCAUUCGAACUGAAAAACACGCGUUAACAGGAGAAAUCGGUGUCGUUGGUUAUUUCAGUCACUAUGGGCAUUCACUUGAGCAUGCUCGGAGAGCUCUAAGUGAUACUGAGACUGAGUAUCUGAUUGGACUCAUGAAAGAAGGUUUCAAUAAUAGACAGAUCAUCAGAAAACUGGAUCAGAAAUAUGAUGAGAAUAGCAGACUUGGCUUCGUUCUUUCGAAAGAUCUUAGCUAUCUUCGCAAAACUUACUGUUUAAACGAGGGCCAAUUAGACGACGACGACAUGAAAUCGAUCAGACGUAGAGUAGAGCGAGAUGAUCCUGAAGAUGGAAUUUAUCACUUUUCACAGCCAGACUCCAAUGGAGAUAACUUUAUUCUUGUGUUUAUGACGCCAUCACAGCAAGAACUGUGUGCUAAAUACAACAAGCGUAGAGUCUGUAUCGAUGACACUCAUAAAACUACCUCAGGCGCAUUAAUUUGA